UCGGUCUGGUUGUAUUUUGGUUUGGAGGUACAAACCCAUUACAAACCCAACUCGAAAAAAGAAUGGCCCAGAGAACCGUGUACUCGCGCAUCAGCGUUCGUAUAGCUGAGGAAAAACAGCUCCUAGCAGAAGAGAAAUGGAUCAUCAAUGCCCUUACCAAAGUUCGCAAAGAGCGCAACCGUUUACAGAUUGACCGAUUGGAGUUAGAAAACCAAAAGAUGCAGCUAAUGAAACGGUCCCGCUCCCAAGCAACACCGGCCCGGCCCGAGACACCGUCGGAAACGGUCAUGAAGCUCAUGAACUCUGCAAGCACAAGUGGUCUGAUACCGGAGCUUGAGGACCUCGCUCAUGAAAUUAGCAAGGAAGCUCUAUGCAAUGAGCAGGAGCUAAAUCUCACCGUUACUAAUCCUAUAUUGAGUCUCAACUACAACGACAUGGUGGAAGAGGAAAUGGACUCGGAAGGUUCAGACGACGCUGACAGAGUAUUACUGGACAUGAACAUGUUCAUGAAUGGGGACCCUUAUGGAAAGCCUGGGAAGAAGAAAUAGUCUCUCUUUAAUUAGUUAGAAUGUAGUUUAUGGAAUAAUCUCAAAUAUGGUUAUUUGGAAGGAGCUUGUACAGGCAUCAAAAGGCAAAAAUCUUGCAGAACGUAAUUGUUACAAUUAAUUUUAAAUUGUGUUACUCAAGUAAUUUAAAAUUUCUGCAGAUGAAAGUCUACCGAUGUUUAAUUCUUGUGGAUGCCUACAGAUGUUAAUUCCUGUAGAUGCCUGCAGAUGGUUAUUCCUGUGGAUGCCUGCAGAUGUUAAUUCCUGUGGAUGCCUGCAGAUGUUAAUUCCUGUGGAUGCCUGCAGAUGUUAAUUCCUGUGGAUGCCUGCAGAUGUUAAUUCCUGUGGAUGCCUGCAGAUGUUUAUUUCCUGUGCAUGCCUACAGAUGUUAACUCCUGUGGAAACCUAAAGAUGUUAAUUCCUGUGGAUGCCUACAGAUGUUAAUUCCUGUGGAUGCCUGAAGAUGUUAAUUCCUGUGGAUGCCUGCAGAUGUUAAUUACUGUGGAUGCCUGCAGAUGUUAAUUCCUGUAGAUGCUGACAGAUGUUAAUUCCUGUGGAAGGCUUAAGAUGUUAAUUCCUGUGGAUGCCUGCAUACGUUACUUCCUAUGGAUGUCUGUAGAUGUUAAUUCCUGUUGAUGCCUACAGAUGUUAAUUCCUCCAGAUGCCUACAGAUGUUAAUUCGUAUGGAUGCCUACAGAUGUUAAUUCCUGUGGAUGCCUACGGAUGUUAAUUUCUGUGGAUGCCUAUGUGAUUUAUUACUGUGAAUGUUUAAUUGCCGCACAAGCUCCUAAAGGGUAUUUACCAAUAAGACUGAGCUUGGAAAACUAGUAUGCAAGUCAGGACUGGACUAGCUGAUUGAUUUUUAAAUUAUUCAGUGGAUAAUAUUUUUAAUUUGGAAAUGGUUUAGGAUCACUUCCUAUUUCAACUAACAACAUGUUGCGCUACUUUAGAAAUAUUAGUACAAUCAGCAUCAAAUAGAUAUUGAUGGCCAAAGUGGCCAAAUAUAUCGUAACACACAUUUAUUACCAUAGAAAUACCAGCUUGUGUACCAAUGUUUUCGGUAUAUUUGUUUAUCUUUGCCUAGAUUACAUCAAGUACUUUUGGUUUUAAAUAAACAAACGAAUUAAAUACACUAACUUUACACUUUAAUUGCAUAUUUAAUGUAUAAAAAUAGUUUUAUCUACAUUAACCUUUUCGACGCCGUGUCAAACACAAAAGCAGUCAUCCAGACGCCACGUCACCGAAGUGUCAAAACUGAAAUUUAACUUUAUCCAUAUGCAUGUAGGUCUAUGUUGCUCAGUGGUCUAUGACCGAUUAAUCGGUCUUUGGCGUUGAACCUACUGUGCGUAUAUAUCGGUCAUUGGCGUCCAAAAGGUUAAUUAAGUGUCCUAAUUCGACUGUUGUUGUUAAUUUUUAAGUUUAGUUAUCCCAUAUUUUGUUUUUCUGUUUGAGCUAUCAAGUGGUGGCAACUGUCUUGGUUUAUGAAUUAUGUAUAAACAGGGGUGCGAAACUCCUUGCUUCGGGCAAACUCGGCUCCGUUCGGCUCAGCAUUGCUCCGAGCAAUUAUUAGGGUUGACACAGCUGAGUAAGGUUGCCAGAGCUCGAGGGAGAGGAGUGUUAGGGUCGGCAACGCGCAUGUAACUCCUCUGGAGUUGCAGGCGUACAUAGACUAUGGAGACUGCUUAACAUCAGGCGGGCCGUAUGCUUGUUUGCCACCGACGUAGUAUAAAAAAAAGCUUGACGUCCCUUUUCGUGCACGACCACAGAUAAGAUAAUGACUUGAAUUUUGACAACCCUAAAUAGCCGAAAGGGAUAGUGCCGUAUAUUAGAAAGGGAUAGCAUGAUUCGACCCUGAACCGCUGUCAAAGAUCGGUUUUGUAGGGAGUUUCCUUUCUGUAGGGUAGUACUAUUAUUUAUUCUGUGGUAAGACACUAGUUAUAAGAAACAUGUACCGUUUGUGCGCAAAUAAACAUUAAAACAUUACAAUAACGUAUUUGUUGAAAGACAAACUUGGAAAAUAUUACACAUGUCUUGUUGGAUGUUAGAUUUCAAGGAAAUUAAAACAACAUUGUGAAACAAAUGUUUAAUUAACAAAGUAUUUAUU